AUGAUUGUGAAUAGCUCGGACAUAUUCUGUAAUUACGAAGAAGUAGGUAACUUCACCAACAACUCGUCAUGUGUGAACACGACUCGGUCCUCAAACAGCUUCGUCGACCUGGCGACUUUUAUGCACAUCUUCCCGUCCAUAUACGGCAUCCUGUGCACGAUAGGAGUGAUCGCCAACGGUUUGGUGAUUUACGCAGUGGCGACAUGCAAGAAGAAGAUGGUCUCGGACAUCUAUGUGCUGAACUUGGCCAUCGCAGAUAUGCUGUUCUUGCUGGUGAUGCCCUUCAACAUUCACCAGCUGGUCCGAGACAGACAGUGGGUGUUCGGGAACUUCAUGUGCAAAGCUGUCGUGGUGGUGGACGUUAGCAACCAGUUCACUACCGUGGGGAUCGUAACGGUGCUGUGUAUCGACAGGUAAGUCUCCAUCUCUCCAAAUUCAAUAGGUGUCAGUUUGAUCAUGACAAAGAGAGGUGUCUAAUAUAGCAUCAAUUAGCUCCUCCACUAUUACCUUUAUUUAACCAGGUAAAUAUAACCUUGUGUAGGAUAUGAUUAUAACAUAGUUUGAACCUAUAAGUUAUUAAGAAGAACACAUUACUGCUACGCAGCCUUUUAUUAUAAGGACAUGGUCACUGGUCAAGAGCAGGGAUCAGCAACUAGUACAACUGGUAGGGGUUCUGGAGCGUAAUUACUCAUUAAUUUGUAGACAGCAGAUUGACCGCAAGUAGUGCAAACGGAUAUAAUAUUUGAAUAAAACAUUCGGAAAGUAUUCAGAUCCAUUCCCCUUUUUCCACGUGUUGUUACGUUACAGCCUUAUAAAAUGUCUUACAUUUAAAAUAAAUCCUCAUCAAUCUACACACAAUACCCCAUAAUGACAAAGUGAAAACAGGUUUGUAGAAUUUUUUUUUUUUUUUUUUUUUUUUUUUUGUACAAAAUUAAAAAACCUUAUUUACAUAAGUAUUCAGACACUUUGCAAUGAGAGUCGAAAUUGAGCUCAGGUUUAUCCUGUUUCCAUUGACCAUCCUUGAGAUGUUUUUACAACUUGAUUGGAGUCCACCUGUGAUACAUUCAAUUGAUUGGACAUGAUUUGGAAAGGCACACACCUGUCUAUAUAGUAUAAGGUCCCACAGUUGACAGUGCAUGUAAGAGCAAAAUCCAAGCCAUGAGGUCAAAGGAAUUGUCUGUAGAGCUCCGAGACAGGAUUGUGUCGAGGCACAGAUCUGGGGAAGGGUACCAAAAAAUGUCUGCAGCAUUGAAGGUCCCCAAAAACACAGUGGCCUCCAUAAUUCUUAAAUGGAAGAAUUGUGGAACCACCAAGACUCUUCCUAGAGCUGGCCGCCCGGCCAAACUGAGCAAUCGGGGGUGAAGGGCCUUGGUCAGGGAGGUGACAAAGAACCCAAUGGUCACUCUGACAGAGCUCCAGAGUUCAUUUGUAGAGAUGGGAGAACCUUCCAGAAGGACAACCAUCUCUGCAGCACUCCACCAAUCAGGCCUUUAUGGUAGUGGCCAUACGGAAGACACUCCUCAGUAAAAGGCACAUGACAGCCCGCUUGGAGUUUGCCAAAAAGCACCUAAAGGACUCUCAGACCAUGAGAAACAAGAUUAUCUGGUCUGAUGAAACCAAGAUUGAACUCUUUGGCCUGAAUGCCAAGCGUCACAUCUUGAGGAAACCCUGGCACCAUCCCUACGGUGAAGCAUGGUGGUGGCAGCAUCAUGCAGUGGGGAUGUUUUUCGGCGGCAGGGACUGGGAGACUAGUCAGGGUCGAGGGAAAGAUGAACGGGAGCAAAGUACAGAGAGAUCCUUGAUUAAACCCUGCUCCAGACUGGGGCGAAGGUUCACCUUCCAACAGGACUACGACCCUAAGCACACAGCCAAGACAACGCAGGAGUGGCUUUGCGAUAAGUCUCUGAAUGUCCUUGAGUGGCUCAGCCAGAGUCCGGACUUGAACCCGAUCCAACAUCUCUGGAGAGACCUGAAAACAGCUGUGCAGCGACGCUCCCCAUCAAACCUGACAGAUCUUGAGAGGAUCUGCGGAGAGGAACGGGAGAAGCUCCCCUUUACUGUAUUUUUGGAGCGCCAACAACGUUUUUGACCACUAGUGGGUGCUGUGGUAUUGUUGUUUCCGGCUCAUUAACAUAUGUUGAGGGGUGCUUUGUAAGAGGCUAUAGUUGUUUUCACCCCUGAUUGAGAAUUCUGCGGCAAUUUAACUCCUAUGUGGUUAUAGUGCCCCAUCAAUUUGGAUAGGGGACAGAUUGGAGUGGCAGCAAGUCUAAAACUUAAAUGGUUGAGCAUGUUGCCAUGUCCAUUUGGUCUGUUUUUUUUUUCUCUCCCUGUAGCCGUUGCCAGUUUGGAAGCCAUUGUUAAAGGCAUCUAGAAGUGCAAGUGCUAUAAAACACCAAACAUUAAUGAAUAUGCUUUAAUGUGUAAAGCCUUUAGCUAGCAGGCAACCUGCUUGUACCAAUCCCUUGUAAUUACAGCAGCAUACUGUGAAAUACAAGCCCCUCCCCUCAAUGAAUUUAAUUAAUUCAUCCAUUAAUUCAUUCCGAUUACAGUAGCAUUACUUUUUUUUUUGUAUAAUACAGUACAUUUUACGGUAUUGUACUGUGUGCAAUUACACAGUUCUUGCUUUGAUGCCACAUUCAUAUUACAGUAUGUGUCCUGUAAUAUGAAAUGCAGAAUUUGACUUGCCAAAAGCUGCCUGUAAACUACUGCCAAAUUCACAGUAAUCCCUUUACAGUUUUUUACUGUAACUACUUUACAUGCUGGAGUUGAACUUUAGAUUUUUCUAAAAUGGCUUUAAGUGUGUUUACUAGAACCAAACCUAUAUGUGAUUUUCUGAUCUAAUGUGGAGCUAACAGCAGACAGCAUAUCAAUAAAACAAUAGACUACAACACCAUGUCAAUAACCCAGAAAGUAGAGAUUGAUGAAUUCAUAAUGAAAUGGAUGGUAACAGAUUGAAUACCCAUAUCCACACAUAAACAAUGUAUUCAAGGUUAAUUGGUCAAUGCUCUUCAUUAGGGUAUUACUGAACCGACAAUGCAAAUAGUCCGGGUAGCCAUCAUUAGCUGUUCAGGAGUCUUAUGGCUUUGUGGUAGAAGCUGUUAAGAAGCCUUUUGGACCUAGACUUGGCGCUCCGGUACCGCUUGCCGUGCGGUAGCAGAGAGAACAGUCUAUGACUAGGGUGGCCUUCCUCUGACACCGCCUGGUAUAGAGGUCCUGGAUGGCAGAAAACUUGGCCUCAGUUAUGUACUGGGCCGUACGCACUACCCUCUGUAGUGCCUUGCGGUCUGACCACUUCCUUAUUAACCGAGUCACUGGUGCUUCCUGCUUUAGUUUUUGCUUAUAAGCAGGAAUCAGGAGGAUAUAAUUAUGGUCAGAUUUGCCAAAUGGAGGGCGAGGGAGAGCUUUGUAUGCGCCUCUGUGUGUGGAGUAAAGGUGGUCUAGAGUUUUUUUCCCUCUGGUUGCACAUUUAACAUGCUGGUAGAAAUUAGGUGGAACAGAUUUAAGUUUCCCUGCAUUAAAGUCCCAGACCACUAGGAGCGCUGCCUCUGGAUAAGCGUUUUCCUGUUAGCUUACGGCCUUAUACAGCUCAUUGAGUGCAAUCUUAGUGCCAGCAUUGGUUUGUGGUGGUAAAUAGACAGCUACGAAAAAUAUAGAUGAAAACUCUCUUGGUAGAUAGUGUGGUCUACAGCUUAUCAUGAGGUUCUCUACCUGAGGCGAGCAAAACUUUGAGACUUCCUUAGUAUUUGAUUUUAUGCACCAGCUGUUGUUUACAAAUAUACACAGACCACCACCCCUUGUCUUACCGGAGUCAGCCGUUCUAUCCUGCCGAUGUAGCGUAUAUCCCGCCAGCUGUAUGAUAUCCAUGUCGUCGUUCAGCCACGACUCGGUGAAACAUAAGAUAUUACAGUUUUUAAUGUCCCGUUGGUAGGACAUUCUUGAUCUUAGGUCGUCUAUUUUGUUUUCCAAUGAUUGUACAUUGGCUAAUAGGAUUGAUGGAAGAGGCAGAUUACUCGCUCGCCGUCAGAUCUUUACAAGGCACCCCGACCUACGUCCACGAUAUCUCUGUCUCUUUCUCAUGCGAAUGACGGGGAUUUGGGCCUUGUCGGGUGUCUGUAGGAUAUCCUUUGCGUCUGACUUGUGGAAGAAAAAAUCUUCAUCCAAUACGAGGUGGGUAAUCGCUGUCCUGAUAUCCAGAAGCUCUUUUUGGUCAUAAGAGACAGUGGCAGAAACAUUAUGUACAGAAUAAAUUACAAAUAAUGUGAAAAAACACACAUAAUAUCACAAUUGGUUAGAGGGACGUAAAACGGCAGCCAUCUCCUUUUUUUUUUCCAGUGAGAUUCCCCUAGUCAGACUCCCCUAGUCAGAUUCCCCUAGUCAGUCUCCCCUAGUCAGAUUCCCCUAGUCAGUCUCCCCUAGUCAGAUUCCCCUAGUCAGUCUCCCCUAGUCAGAUUCCCCUAGUCAGACUCCCCUAGUCAGAUUCCCCUAGUCAGUCUCCCCUAGUCAGAUUCCCCUAGUCAGUCUCCCCUAGUUAGAUUCCCCUAAUCAGAUUCCCCUAGUCAGAUCCCCUAGUUAGAUUCCCCUAGUCAGUCUCCCCUAGUCAGAUUCCCCUAGUCAGUCUCCCCUAGUCAGAUUCCCCUAGUCAGUCUCCCCUAGUCAGUCUCCCCUAGUCAGAUUCCCCUAGUCAGAUUCCCCUAGUCAGAUUCCCCUAGUUAGAUUCCCCUAGUCAGACUCCCCAAGUCAGACUCCCCUAGUCAGAUUCCCCUAGUCAGAUCCCCUAGUUAGUCUCCCCAAGUCAGACUCCCCUAGUUAGAUUCCCCUAGUCAGAUUCCCCUAGUCAGAUUCCCCUAGUCAGAUUCCCCCAGUUAGAUUCCCCCAGUUAGAUUCCCCUAGUCAGAUUCCCCUAGUCAGAUUCCCCUAGUCAGAUUCCCCUAGUCAGACUCCCCUAGUUAGAUUCCCCUAGUCAGACUCCCCUAGUCAGAUUCCCCCAGUCAGAUUCCCAUAGUCAGAUUCUCCCCAGUCAGAUCCCCCAGUUAGAUUCACCUAGUCAUCUCCCCUAGUCAGAUUCCCCUAGUCGAUUCCCCUAGUCAUCCCAUCGAUUCCCCUAGUCAGACUCCCUAUUAGAUUCCCCUAGUCAGACUUCCCCUAGUCAGAUACCCCCAGUCAGAUUCCCCUAGUCAGAUUCCCCAAGUUCAGAUUCCCCUAGUCAGUUCCCCUAGUCAGAUUCCCCAUUUCAGAUCUCCCCUAGUUAGAUUCCCCUAGUAGACUCCCCUAUUUAGAUUCCCUAGUCAGACUCCCCUAGUCAGAUUCCCUAGUAGACUCCUAGUUAGAUUCCCCUAGUCAGACUCCCCUAGUCAGAUUCCCAAGUAGAUCUCCCUAGUCAGACUUCCCCUAGUCAGAUUCCCCUAGUCAGAUUCCCCAAGUCAGAUUCCCCUAGUCGAUCCCCUAGUCAGAUUCCCCUAGUCAGACUCCCCUAGUCAGAUUCCCCUACGUCAGACUCCCCUAGUCAGAUUCCCCUAGUCAGACUACCCUAGUUCAGAUUCCCCUAGUCAGCUCCCUAGUCAGUCUCCCAUAGUCAGACUCCCCAGUCAGUUCCCCUAGUCAGAUUCCCCUAGUCAGAUUCCCCUAGUCAGAUCCCCUAGUCGAUCCCCUAGUAGAUUCCCCUAGUCAGAUUCCCCUAUCUCAGAUUCCCCUAGUCAGUCCCCCUAGUCAGAUUCCCCUAUUCAUCCCCUAGUCAGUCUCCCCUAGUCAGACUUCCCCUAGUCAGAUUCCCCUAGUCAGUCCCCUAGUCAGAUUCCCCUAGUCAGAUUCCCCUAGUCAGAUUCCCCUAGUCAGAUCCCCUAGUUAGAUUCCCCUAGUCAGAUUCCCCUAGUUCAGUUCCCCUAGUCAGAUUCCCCUAGUCAGAUUCCCCUAGUCAGAUUCCCCUAGUCAGUCUCCCCUAGUUCAGAUUCCCCUAGUCAGAUCCCCUAGUUCAGAUCUCCCCUAGUCAGAUUCCCCUAGUCAGAUUCCCCUAGUUAGUUCCCCUAGUCAGACUCCCUAGUCAGAUUCCCCUAGUCAGACUCCCCUAGUCAGACUCCCCUAGUUAGAUUCCCCUAGUCAGACUCCCCUAGUCAGAUUCCCCUAGUCAGAUUCCCCUAGUCAGAUUCCCCUAGUUAGAUUCCCCUAGUCAGACUCCCCUAGUUAGAUUCCCCAAGUCAGACUCCCCUAGUUAGAUUCCCAUAGUCAGUCUCCCCUAGUCAGAUUCCCCUAGUCCGAUUCCCCUAGUCAGUCUCCCCUAGUCAGAUUCCCCUAGUCAGACUCCCCUAAUUAGAUUCCCCUAGUCAGAUUCCCCUAGUCAGAUAACCUAGUCAGAUUCCCCUAGUCAGAUUCCACAAGUCAGAUUCCCCUAGUCAGUCUCCCCUAGUCAGAUUCCCCUAGUCAGACUCCCCUAAUUAGAUUCCCUUAGUUAGAUUCCCCUAGUCAGAUUCCCCUAGUCAGACUCCCCUAGUCAGAUUCCCCUAGUCAGAUAACCUAGUUAGAUUCCCCUAGUCAGACUCCCCUAGUCAGAUUCCCCUAGUUAGAUUCCCCUAGUCAGACUCCCCUAGUCAGAUUCCCCUAGUCAGAUUCCCCUAGUCAGAUUCCCCUAGUCAGAUUCCCCUAGUCAGAUUCCCCUAGUCAGAUUCCCCUAGUCAGACUCCCCUAGUCAGAUUCCCCUAGUCAGACUCCCCUAGUCAGAUUCCCCUAGUCAGAUAACCUAGUUAGAUUCCCCUAGUCAGACUCCCCUAGUCAGAUUCCCCUAGUUAGAUUCCCCUAGUCAGAUUCCCCUAGUCAGAUUCCCCUAGUCAGACUCCCCUAGUCAGAUUCCCCUAGUCAGAUUCCCCUAGUCAGAUAACCUAGUUAGAUUCCCCUAGUCAGAUUCCCCUAGUCAGAUUCCCCUAGUUAGAUUCCCCUAGUCAGAUUCCCCUAGUCAGAUUCCCCUAGUCAGAUUCCCCUAGUCAGAUAACCUAGUUAGAUUCCCCUAGUCAGAUUCCCCUAGUCAGAUUCCCCUAGUCAGAUUCCCCUAGUCAGAUUCCCCUAGUCAGAUUCCCCUAGUCAUUGAGAAACACAAGCAUUUCGCUCCACCGGCUUUAACAUGUGCUAAUCUGUGUACGUGACAAUCUUUGAUUUGAUUUGUUAGGAAGGUCAUAUGCACCAUUUUCUGGCCAUCAAUACAUCCAUAUUUACAUGGCCAUCCCAGGGUCAUGUGGCUAUACAUUACAUUGGUAUCUCCACUUUCUGGCCAUCAUAUGAAGACAUCUCUACAGUGAUAUCUCCAUAGUCAUAUGAAGACAUCUCUACAGUGAUAUCUCCAUGGUCCAUAUGAAGACAUCUCUACAGUGAUAUCUCCAUAGUCAUAUGAAGACAUCUCUACAGUAAUAUCUCCAUAGUCAUAUGAAGACAUCUCUACAGUGAUAUCUCCAUGGUCCAUAUGAAGACAUCUCCAUAGUGAUAUCUCCAUGGUCCAUAUGAAGACAUCUCUACAGUGAUAUCUCCAUAGUCAUAUGAAGACAUCUCUACAGUGAUAUCUCCAUAGUCAUAUGAAGACAUCUCUACAGUGAUAUCUCCAUGGUCCAUAUGAAGACAUCUCUACAGUGAUAUCUCCAUGGUCCAUAUGAAGACAUCUCUACAGUGAUAUCUCCAUAGUCAUAUGAAGACAUCUCUACAGUGAUAUCUCCAUAGUCAUAUGAAGACAUCUCUACAGUGAUAUCUCCAUGGUCCAUAUGAAGACAUCUCUACAGUGAUAUCUCCAUAGUCAUAUGAAGACAUCUCUACAGUGAUAUCUCCAUAGUCAUAUGAAGACAUCUCUACAGUGAUAUCUCCAUAGUCAUAUGAAGACAUCUCUACAGUGAUAUCUCCAUAGUCAUAUGAAGACAUCUCUACAGUGAUAUCUCCAUAGUCAUAUGAAGACAUCUCCAUAGUCAUAUGAAGACAUCUCUACAGUGAUAUCUCCAUCCCUUGGCCUGCCUUGCAUGUAUUCAGCCGUAUCAUGAAAGAUAUAACCAGAGCAGAGCAAAUUCUUCCUUUUUAUUUCUCUGACGUCAAAUGGCUGCAGGGUUCUGUUCCUUCUUUCAUAGACAUAUGACACAGGGUGGUUAAGUACAGCACAGUACAGCAGAUGGCUAUAGACUUUACUUUGAUUAGAUUUAACAUUAGCAGUAAAUGUGUUCAACAAUCAGUAUCGCCGAUCGUUUAUUUUAGGAUUCAUUGCAUCCCAAAUGGCACCCUAUUCCCUAUGUAGUGCACACUACCUUUGACAAGGGCUCAUAGGACUCUGGUCAAAUAUUGUGCACUAUUUAGGGAAUAGGGUUCUAUUUGGGACGUAGCCGUGGUUGAUUUCGUGUUGUACACCAAGCAACAAGCCAGUCAGUCUAACUUUGUUUACUUAUUCAUGACAGUUUAUAUGUGACUUUUUCAGCUCCCGGCUCAAUUAAUCCUAAAAUGUUAUGAUAUUAUAGUAUUAUACAGUACGCCACUUUGCAGAUGCUUGUAUCCAAAGCGACCUACAGUGCAGUGAGUGCAUUCAUUCACUUAGUAUGUGUAUGUGAUCCUUGAAGGAAUUGAACCCAUGACCUUGGGCAUAUGCCAGCGCAAUGGUGUGCAUCCUAUUCCCUAUAUAGUGCACUACUUUUGACCAGGGCCUGUAGGGAAAAAGGGUGCUUUUGGGAUGCAGACAUGCUCUUACCAACUGAUCCACAUACAUGACAUUAUUAUAUUCAUUUAAUGUCACAUCAAGAUUAGAGCCUGACUUGCUCUCAGAAAGGUUACAAUAUGAAUAGGCGUUAUUCAAACAGAGCGUUUUAAUUCCAGGUUAACUCGUUACUGUUUUGCUUUUCUUGGGAUAACAAAUACCGGCAGACAAAUACUAUUUAGUUAUGGUAUUUUUCUGUCUGUAUAUUCACAUGGCAUUCACAUGCCUCUGUCUGGACUAGACUGGACUGGGGGAAAGUGAUGGGUGUUACUGAAGAAGAAAAAAAAAAAAAAAUGCCUCACAAUGGAGUCUCCUGAAUGAUCCCUAUAGAGAUACAGUGCCUUCGGAAAGUAUUCAGACCCCUUGACUUUUUCCACAUUUUGUUAACUUACAGCCUUAUUCUAAAAAUGGAUUUAAUAUAUAUUUUUUCCUCAGCAAUCUACACACAAUACCCCAUAAUGACAAAGCGAAAACAGGUUUUUAGGAAUUUUAGCAAAUGUAUUAAAAAUAAAAAACAGAAAUACCUAACACCUAACACCUGACCCCUGACCCCUGACCCCUGACCCCUGACCCCUGACCCCUGACCUCUGACCGAUAACCCCUGGUCUCUAACUGAUGUGUCUCUUUGUUUCUAGAUACAUUGCCAUCGUCCACCCCACCUCAGAGAAGCGGACCAUCCAGUGGACCAUCGUCAUCAACAUCCUGGUGUGGGUCGGCAGCGUCCUGCUCACCGUGCCCGUCAUGAUCUACGCCGUGGUGGUGAGGAAGAGCGACCUGCAGAUGUGCAUGAUGCUCCUGGACGGGCCUGAGGACAUGUACUGGUACACUCUCUACCAGUCCAUCCUGGGCUUCAUCCUCCCUCUCAUCAUCAUCUCCACCUUCUACUCCCUCACCCUCUUCCACGUCUUCAGAUCCAUCCGCCGAGUCAAGCGUAAACAGUCUGUCUGGGCGAAGCGCGCCACCAAGACCGUGGUGAUGGUCAUCGCUCUCUUCCUGGUGUGCUGGAGCCCGUAUCACGUGAUCCAGGUGAUUAACUUGAGCAACAACAGGCCAACCAACACCUUUGUCUAUGUCUACAACAUCAGCAUCUGUCUGAGUUACUCCCACAGCUGCAUCAACCCUCUGAUGCUGCUCAUCUUCGCUCAGAACUACCGCGAGCGUCUCUGUCACAGGAAGGAGUUGAGGAGCUCGCAGCAGAACUCCUCCAAGACCACUGUGAUCAAGACAGACGGCUCCAGCGUGGCCACCGACUCCAACUACCGCUGCACGGUCGUCUAA